AUGAAGAUGACCCACGGUCUAUCAUUGUAUUAUGACGACAGCGGGCAACAUCGCAAGGAGGGUUCUGAAAGCGAUUUUCGCCGUACAGGGAAAGAAAUUCUUGGGCUCUUUCGAGCUGCAAUCAAUAUUAAAUCGGAAGACAAGAAGGACUCUCGACUCGUCUAUUGGGUAGAUCACGAUUUCAACCGGCAUCCUAUUAUUGAUAAGCUCAGUGCUUUAGAGCCGGGGUUCCAUCUACUCGAAGAUACAAAGCCAAGCCCCGACGGUCCCAGGAUUGACUAUGUCCGGAGUAACUUGUUCAAUGUCAACAGCGGCCGGCUUCUUCCACAUGACAUUGAGGGCCCCGAUAACGAUAUUAUUGACGUGCUGGAACCUGAAAUCCGUCAGGCAAUUGAACACCAAGCUGAAGUCUAUCUGUUUGGUUCGCGUUUCAACACAAGAGACGGAAUUCAUGAUGUUCAUAUGAACCAGGGCAACAAAGGACGCUGGCAGGAGGAUGAUGGCGUCUUUCAAGAUGGAGCUCUUUUGAUUCAUUUCACGGAUUCCGGCCGGUGGGUUGGGGUUUUCCUCGGCUUCGCAUCACAAGCGGCCCACACCGAUGACCGGACCGGACAUGCCAUAUCAUCGGAAACCUGGAGUGACUACUUAAGCGACCAAAAAAGGCAUACUGGCCUUAUCGAGAAUUUAGUGGCCAUCAAGGAGGCAAAUAUAAAGCCUCCUGGACCGGAUGCCUCCAAGGCAAGACAAGAAUCUGUUACUCUUACCAACCUUACGAGCAAGACUGUGCCCCUCUCGACUUGGAAGAUUCAUAAUUCAGCUGGUCAAACCCAGGUUCUUCCCUCUAAUGCAGCCUUGGACGCAAAGGCGACGGGAGUUUUCGAGGUCCCCAAUUGUCAUCUUUCCCGUCAUGGCGACACUAUCACUCUGGUCAAUGAACAAGGACUCAAAGUGGAUGGCGUAAGCUACAGCUCUGGACAGGCAAGAACCCAGGGCCGGCCGAUUGUUUUUGCUCAUUGA